CUGAACGAAAGAAGAUCUCUACAGAAUCCUCCGGACAUCCGACAUGCUCUGGCUCCUGGUUGGACUUUGCGGACUGGCUUUGGUCAACCUAUCAGCCCCCCUCCCCCAGGCCGCUAUUACCCAGAAGCCUCGGUUCUACGGCGUGAUGGAGAGACGCAGAGCGAUCAUCUACUGCGAGUAUCCGCUGGAUCCGCUGGAUCCGCCCCUGCUGGUGGACUGGUUCUGGGCCAAGGAUUCAGACUCGGUGGCCCGGGCGCCGAUGAGGCCAACCGGCAAAGUGGCCAUAAAGGGGAAGACGGAGCGGAAACACGCCUUUCUUUUCCUCAAGGACGUGAGCCCCUCGAACAGCGGCGUCUACUACUGCCAGGUCAACGGCACCUGGGGAGCCGGGACCGGCCUGCAGGUCAUGCGGUGCGGUACGGUUCGCAAAGGUGCGGUACGGAUUGCGUUUCCACCGCCAAAAGUGGGCGUGACCCGGACUGAGCCGUACUCGUUUUGCCCUCGUCUUCAGUACUCCUCCGUUGGGGUACUGAGACGACUGAAAGGGUGCCGAAAAAUUCGAGCUACACACCCCCUCCGUUGAUUGGUCGACAGAAUCGUCACUUCCGAGCGACGUGGGGAUAAAAACAAACAAACAGUAGCCUCGAGGUAUUAUUAUUUACAAUGAACAUAUCGCGUAAAACGCGACAUGUAAAACGCGACAAUAACGUAAAACCUUUCCGUUGUUUUUAUUGCGCAGGCUACACUGUGUCGCGCUGCUAUGAUGUCAUGAUGUUGACGUAGCUGCCGCGGCGAUCGACAUCCGGCCUACCAUAAAGGGUACUGUCGGCGGUGGAAACGCGAGCUCGGAACUGAGCUGGGCUAUACCGCCCCCUCCCUACCGGACUGAGGCGAACCGAACCGUACCGCACCCUGCAGUGGAAACGCGGCAUAACAGUGAAUUUAGAAGUGUCUAGAAGGUUACACAGCACAGAGACAGUUCAUUUAGGAGCAGGUAAGGAUGAGGGCUUAUUGCUCAACGGAGGUACCAAGUUGGGCCAACUUAUAGGAGGUAUGCAAGUUUAGAUAAAGAAGGCUAUCCCGAAAAUGUGGUUGUUGGUUUGACAACGUUUAAUUAAUGUGCUUGAUGAAUGGCUGGUUUAAGCAGCCCCACCUGGCCCUGGCUGGGAGGAGCCUUAACUCCACCCAGGUGGCCGCUUAACUCCACCCAGGUGGUGUUACUGGGUUGGAUGUGGUAGAUACCGAUUUUGAAAUAGUUUUGCAAUAUUUCCUCUUAGUUUUUCCAGAAAAUUGGUUUUGCUGCAGUUUUUGCGCUCCAUUGCCACCUUAGUUAGUAGUUGCGUCCACAUGACAACAGAGGUUUAGUUGGCCAAAAAACGGUGUGUUUGAAAAUUAUGACGACGUGGUGGAGAAGAAGGCGUUGUACGCAGACUUGUGGUUCUCUUCUGUUUUUUUCGCAUAUUAUAGCAGAAGAGUAACACCACCACCUACUGGCCUUGCAUACUUAUUCCAACAUUUUCACUCCUUGCUGGACGAGGAUAGUUCUGAAAAGUGUUUUUCAAAUUCAACGGGAAAAAAAAAAAGAAUAGAGAAAUCAAAUAUCAAAGUCACCCUCGCAUCACUGAUCUAUGAACAAACCGACGAGGCCUUUAGCAGGAACACUGUAAGGCAAACGCCAAACUAGUUGUCUUGGAAGUACUGCGAUGUAACUUGGUUCAUCCCAUGCAGCUGCUCUCAACGUCUCCA